ACCUCCGCUUCCCCCCCUUCCUUCCCCAUGUCCUCGCUAGCGAGUAGGAUAGAUCUCCUCCCGCGCUACCUAAAGCUAGAAAAUUAGACCUGCCUUUCGGAUUUGAAGCCGAGCUACCAACUGGAUUUGAAGUAGUAGCGCUGGGCUGACAAGAUGAAGAUGUCUGCGUUCGUUCGGCUGAUCGUCACUCUCCUAUCUGCAGCCGCCGCACUUCCAUCGGAGGCGCUCAACGUGCGAGGCCAGCUGCUCAAGUCCCAGACGUUCCUGUCGCCGCCCAUCUUCCUGCGCCCCGGCUCCGUCUCUAACAAGUGGUACCACGACGUCGCCUUUCCCCGCGGCCACAUCGCGCUCAAGAGCUUCAACGCCGAGGUCGUCGACGACCACGGCGUCCCCGUCCCGCUCCACGAGACCUACCUCCACCACUGGGUCGUGGAGCCCUACUACGCCCUCAAGGACGACGCCGCCGGCGAGGCGCGGAACCGCUCCAAGAUGAUCCAGCAUCGGAACUCCGGCGUGUGCAGCAAGACGCUGCCGCAGUACUACGGGCUCGGGUCCGAGACCCGGCACACGGCGACGUGGGUGCCUGACCCCUACGGCAUCGAGAUCGGCGACCCGGCGGCGGCGCCGGAGGGGUACGAGGAGAGGUUGCGGGUCAACGUGCACGCCAUCGACACGCGCGGCGCCGUCGACAAGCUCGGAUGCACCGAGUGCAGGUGCGACCUGUACAACCUGACGGUGGACGAGUCCGGCCGCCCCGUCGCCGACGACUACGUCGGCGGGCUGCUCUGCUGCUACGAUGAGACCCGGUGCAUGGUCGAGGAAGGGUUCGUCGAUGUCGAGGCGAGGAAGGUAUUCCUGCGGUACACCGUCGUGUGGCAAGACUGGAGCGACGCGGUCUUGCCGGUGAAGAUCUACAUCUUCGAUGCCACUGACAGAGCUCUGCUCGAGGGGAAAACCGAGACUGCUUGCAGGGUUGAGUACGUGGUCGAGGAGUGCAGCUCAGAGAACCGGGCCAAGAACGACUGCGUCCAUGUUCAGAUGGCCAAGCAGAUCCUGCCGCGGGGAGGCGACAUCGUGUUCGGCGUCGCGCACCUGCAUUCGGGUGGCAUCGCCGCUUCUCUGCACGGCGAGGACGGCCGGCUGCUGUGCGAAUCGACGGCAACCUACGGCGAUGGCCAGGAGGCCGGGAACGAGGCGGGCUACGUCGUCGGCAUGUCGACGUGCUACCCGAAGCCGGGCGCCGUGACGGUGCGCGACGGCGAGGUCCUGACCGUGGUGUCCAACUACAGCAGCCACCAGCAGCACACCGGAGCGAUGGGCCAAUUCUACAUCCUCGUCGCCGAGCACGGGCAGCCGCAGCAGCAGCAGCUGCCGGCCGCCGCCGGCAAGCCGGGCCUGUGCUUCAGCUUCCCAGUCUCAUGGUGCCUGCCAUCAUGGCUGUCGAGCAACCUGUGAGAAGAAUUUAGUAUAGCGUCUUAUAACUGAAGAGUAUAAUUAAGAGUGUUAUGGCCAAAGGAGUAAGAGAAAAAAACUAUCAGGCAGAUGACACGUUGGAGCAUUAUUCUAGCUGUCUUGAUGGACCGUCAGUCAGUCAGUCUCUUGAAGGGCCUGCAUACUUGUGUUGAGGUGGAUUUUGCAGUAUCAGUAGCAAAAGAACUGUUAUACAGAAUAACUCCUAUACGGAUUACUUGAGUUACUGUAAGUGAGAACCAGAUGUACAAUCUAUUGUAAAAAAAAAUAUUGUGAUUACACAUGUAUACCCCAGCA